GUAAACUCUAGAAUGCCAUCCUGUACUUUUGUUGAAGGUCAUGGCCGUCUCCGAUACUUUUGUGCCACUAGCAAUUAAUCUAAACUGUCCUAGACAAGCUGAAUGAAACAGGCUGAAUUUCUCUAGUCCAAAACAACCUUGAGACCGGCACAUCUGUUGGCAAAGUCUAAGCUGUACCCGUGCCACUUGCAGCAUAGAAUAAGGAAAAGACGAAGGCCUGCCAUGAACGUGGAGGCGACUCUAAAAUAAGCUCAAGAGGUCCUUGAGUAACCAUUCUUUUUUCGCGAUGAAGCGGGGCAAGCAAACGCUAGAGCCAGGCGUGCAUUUGGAGCCCUGCCGGCGAAUGGAGUCAGUGAAGAUGAGGCCGGCGACGGCGGCGACGAAGCAGGAGUACCGGAGGAUGGAGCUCGUCGGCGGGGAAGAGGGGGAGGAACUGGACGAGGCGGAGUGGCUGCACCGUGCCGAGGCGCAGAGCCAGCGCCGCCGCCGGGGCCAGCGGUACGCCUUCAGCUGCGCGCUCUUCGCGUCGCUCAACGGCAUCCUCCUCGGCUACGAUGUUGGUGUCAUGAGUGGCUGCAUCAUCUACAUACAGAAAGAUCUCCACAUAACCGAGUUUCAGCAAGAAAUCCUAGUAGGCUGUCUGAGCGUGGUCUCACUCUUGGGAAGCCUAUCAGGUGGACGAACAUCUGAUGCAAUUGGCAGGAAAUGGACAAUGGGCCUUGGUGCAAUUGUGUUCCAGAUAGGCGCAGUCAUCAUGACAUUUGCUCCAUCAUUCACUGUGCUUAUGAUUGGGAGGCUACUAGCUGGAGUGGGCAUUGGCUUUGGUGCCAUGGUAUCUGGAGUGUACAUUGCCGAAAUCUCCCCAGCUGGUGCCCGUGGGACUCUCACAUCCCUUCCUGAGAUAUGCAUCAACUUUGGGAUCCUCCUAGGCUAUGUUUCCAAUUAUGCCUUUUCAGGCCUUUCUGAGCACAUCAAUUGGAGGGUUAUGCUCGGCGUCGGUAUCCUUCCAUCUGUCUUCAUUGGUUUUGCACUUUUCGUGAUCCCAGAGUCCCCUAGGUGGUUGAUGAUGGAGAAGAGAGUUUCAGAAGCAAGAGCAGUGCUGCUACAGAUAAGUGAGUCUGAAGCUGAAGUUGAAGAACGGCUGUCUGAGAUCGAGGAAGCUGCAGGUCUUAUGAAAUCGAUGAAAUCUGAGGAGAAGGAAGUGUGGAGAGAGCUUCUGAACCCUUCUCCCGCCGUUCGUCGGAUGCUGUAUGCUGGCUGUGGUAUUCAAUUGUUCCAACAAAUUACUGGGAUUGAUGCUACUGUCUAUUACAGCCCAACAAUUUUCAAGGAUGCUGGGAUCAAGUCUGAUCAGGAGCUUCUUGCUGCGACUGUUGCUGUGGGUUUCACCAAGACAGUGUUCAUCUUGGUUGCAAUUUUCCUCAUUGAUAAAGUUGGAAGGAAGCCACUUCUUUAUGUCAGCACCAUUGGCAUGACUGCAUGCUUGUUUCUCUUGGGGGUGGCACUUACAUUGCAAAAGCAUGCCAUGGGGCUUAUGUCUCCACGUGUUGGGAUCGAUCUAGCAAUUUUUGCAGUUUGUGGGAAUGUUGCAUUCUUUUCAAUUGGCAUGGGACCAAUAUGUUGGGUCUUGUCAUCAGAGGUAUUUCCUUUAAGAUUACGAGCUCAAGGAUCAGCACUUGGUCAAGUAGGCGGUAGAGUGAGCAGUGGUUUGGUUUCCAUGUCAUUCCUUUCUAUGGCCCGUGCUAUAUCUGUGGCAGGAAUGUUCUUCGUCUUCGCUGCAAUAUCAAGUAUCUCUGUACUGUUUGUGUACUUUUGUGUGCCAGAGACAAAAGGGAAAACACUGGAGCAGAUUGAAAUGAUGUUUGAAAGUGGGGACGAAUGGAGAGGAGGUGAAAUUGAGCUUGAGGAUACACAGCAUUUAAUACCGAGUGAUAAGAAGUCUGUACCUCUUGGUUGAUAUCCUUAUUAGCAAGUCUGAAGCUUCAUGUCUCAAUGACAAGCCAACCUGAUCCGGCUCUGCUGGAUUCGACUAUCAGUUUAAAAAAUGAUCAGGCUGCAGUGGACUACAACCGAUUUUGAGGAUACAGAAGGGCAUUGGUACUUUAAUAGGCAAAGGUGGCAGUAGAUUGAUUAUGCUGUUAGUCUGAAAGUUCCAUCAUAUUUUUAUGUCCUAAAUGGGAGAUGAUCGACAUGUAUGAUGUUUAUAAGUUACAACUGGUGUAUCUUCAACAAAAAAAUAUACUUGCUAAAAAAUCUUUCUACAGAUCCCAUUCUUUUAACACUACAAUAGAGUGUGAGUUGAUAUUUGCAGAAGUCAGAAGUGUAUGCGUUGUAUUCGAUACUCCAACCCAUUCAAAACCAUGACAUGUACUAUACAUCUUCAGAGUGAGUGUACGAGUAAACAUCGGUGUGGUUCCGGGGUUUUAUUUUAUUUUUUGAAAAAAAACAUCAAUAUUGGAUAAAUGUACUUGUACUCUUGUCA